GUUAACGAGUCCGAUGCAGACGAGGUGCUCGAAUCGCUGAGUAACGGGACGGGUCAAGCAGCAUUCGAGGACUGGCUUGAGGGCUACCUCGGAGGUGAUGUGGUGUCUUACACUGUGACAUUUCCGAGCAGCUCCCCGUCCCUUGUGUCCAAACAGGCAAGCCGCACACAGCGCCAGCUUGCCCUCUCCGAUCGGACCGAGUUCUUCAGCGUGGUGGCUCUCGCUAUCCAAAUCGACGCGGUUGUUACUAGCACCGGCUACGACGACUUCGUCUUCAAGUUCAAAGGCACGGACAGCGGCGAGCAGACCCUCGAUAUAUUUGUGAACAUAUUGAAAACUUACUUUCCAGCUACUGCAACCCUCCUCAUCGGCGCGCGUGCGAACUUGGAGGUGUGGAAGCUUGUAUUUCGGCAAACCUUGCCCUAUCGAUGGCAGCGCGACAUGUGGUCAUUGAAUGCCGAUGAUGCGAGUGCGGACAACUUUGCUAUCCUCGAUCAGCUUGAAUCCUUCCGAAUCAACGGCAAGUUCACAUUCAGGUUGCGCUGGCCGACGAUGGCCAACAACCAAGACCAGAUCUGGAAGCAGACCUCCAAUCCG